ACUGACCAUCCAAUCUCAGUGUGUGAUCAUAAGUGUGGAAAAAGAAAUAUCAGAGAACAUGAAGACAGAAGGUGCGAUGCUGCAUCAACUGGCAUCGGGAGAUGGCCCUGAGCCUGAGCUGAUGUGUAUCUUUGGGACUGGGGACUUAGGACGCUCUCUGGGCCUGUGUCUGCUCCAGUCCGGCUACAGGGUGGUGUAUGGCAGCCGCAGACCUCACAGCUGUGGCCCCUUGCCUGAGGGAGCUCAGGUGAUGACCCAUGAAGAAUCAGCCCGGUCUGCCAAGAUGAUCUUCGUUUGUGUUCACAGAGAACACUAUGAAUUUCUGGAGAAGAUGGCACCUCAACUUGAAAGAAAGGUGCUGGUGGACCUCAGUAACAACUUGAAGAAAGACAUGUACAUGGAAGCAAAUGCCGUCUACUUGCAGAGGCUGGUCCCUAAAGCAGCCGUUGUUAAAGGCCUUAACACCCUGUCCACCUGGGCCCUGCAGAAUGGACUUCAAGCAGGAAGACAGGUGUACCUGUGUGGGAACAAUGGAGAAGCAAAACGGGAUGUGGCAGAGAUGGCCACCAAACUAGGCCUCACUGUUGUGGACAAAGGGUCCCUGUCAGCUGCUAAAGAGGUGGAGGACUUUCCUCUGCAGCUGUUCCCAGAGUGGAGGAUGCCUUUGUACGUGGCUUUCGGCCUCGCUGCCUUCUUUUUCUUGUAUUUGGUCAUUAGAGAUAUCAUCUAUGCAUAUGUGGAAAAUGAUGAAGAUAUCUCCUACCGCAUAAUGAUAUCCCUGGCCAACAAGAUCACUCCAGUUGUGUCCCUCAUUAUGCUGUCGCUCUGCUACCUCCCUGGAGCUAUAGCUGGGUUCCUUCAGCUCUACAGAGGGACCAAGUACAGGCGUUUCCCCAAUUGGCUAGAUCGCUGGAUGCUGUGCAGGAAACAGUUGGGUCUUCUUGCACUAGGCUUUGCAUUGCUCCAUGCUAUCUACACAUUAAUCAUUCCUGCCCGCUACUCUGACAGACAAAGAGUCAUCUCCAAUGUGUUGAAUGAGGUGAAGAAAAAUACUACCACUCCACUUUACUUUGACAAUACCAGCGCAUGGCGCACUGACUCAUUAUAUGCACUGGGAAUCCUGGGCUUCUUUCUUUUUGUCCUGCUGGGGCUAACAUCCUUGCCCUCUGUUGGAGGCACUCUCAGCUGGAGAGAGUUCAGCUUUGUUCAGUCGACGCUGGGCUACCUGACUCUUUUUCUCUCCACUGCACAUUGCUACAUUUAUGCCUGGGAUAAAUUCCUUCGCAAAUCUACGUAUAAAUGGUACACUCCUCCGGACUCCAUGCUCUGUCUAAUUGUUCCUUCGGUAACACUGGUGCUCAAGCUGGUCCUCGUCCUCCCCUGCGUGAACCGUCCGCUCAUGCGCAUUCGCCAAGGCUGGGAACGCAACCGGUUAAAGGAUGAGAUGGGUGAACUCAAAGCCACUAACAUGUGAUCCAGGGUUGCUGAAUGUUUCAAUGACAUGUUAUAUUAUUUUUCAUUUGUAGACAAUCAUAAAGUAGGGAAAAUGAAAUAGCAUAACAAUCGUUUCGAUUUUGCACAAAGUAAAGAAAAAGAAAGACCAGUGGUUCCAGUGGUGAGUUACUGUCUGAUCCUGCCUGUUCCUGACUUUGCAAUACUCAGAGAAAAGUCAGGUGUAUGCCAAAUUGACAUGCUUCUGUUGAUAUAAAUAUUUUUAAUGUGUAUUUUCUUUUUGAGUGAAACCCCCCCACACAUUUCAGAUGUUUGUGUUGUAUCUUUUUCACCAAAUGUGCUGAAAAAUAGAUUGCUAUCCCCUGUUGAAAUCCACUGUUUUGAUAAACAUAGGCAAUAGUUUCUGUAUUCCACUCUCCCUUCCCUUCAAGUGGAGCAAUUGUAUCCCUGAGGUUGCUCUCUUUUCAGGAUGUUAUUGAUCUCCCUGCUUUCUGACACAAAUAUCUCACUACCCGUACCUGCCUCCGUCUCAAGAGCACACCAGAGUGCACACUAAGACACACAUGCUUAUGAUGCACAUACACAGCAUGAAGGUGAGUAAGUUAAUUGGAUUUCUGCAUGCAGAUUAUAUGAAAAAACAAAACAAAAACACGAAGCACUUAACUUGGGGGCGGAACAACAGAUUUUGUAGUCAAAAGCAGAUUCACAAACACCUUUACUACCAUAGGUCUAGUGCAGUGUUACAGUCACCAGCAAAUUUACCAGGCUGAAGCAGGUAGGUAGUAAUAAAACAUGCAAGCUGCCCUCAAAAUACCCACUACUACCGAGGAAUUGCUGAGAAAGCAGAUCCAGUUAGAUUUGAACAGAUGAUGAGCAAAAAUGGGAAACUCAAUAGUAAUGGCUGACGAACAGGUGCAGGAUGGUUAGAAGAGGUUGGUAUGCACAUCCCUAAUGAUACAGAGACAGAAAAAGGAAAGAAGAAGAUGGAGUAGCUGUCGCCAUGACAGAUUCUGGUGCUAUAUAAAGAAAACUCAGUGCCUCUCGCCUAAAGCAGAACAUUUAGGCAGAGACAUCCUGUUAUCUAGCAUCUAACAGCAUUAUCUGCAUAAACAAUCUGUAAUCCCUUACAUCCUCUCCUAUUGUAUUAGCCUCCUGUUACCAGUGAACCGAUUUUACCAAACUGCCUGCUGUUCGUGUGCAUUGGUGUGUGCGUCUGUUGGUGUGUGAGUUAUUCCAUUAUUCCAGUAUUGCCUCUGGAAAGAAUUAAGAUGUAGCAACAUGCAGAGCAGAAUAGCUGUGAAACAAGCAAACUUACAUAAUUCAUUUCCUCUCAUCUUUAAUUUUACACACCUAGACAGCCCUGAAACCUAUAAUAACUUUAUUUGUGUCUAGCCUUGAAGGCUUAAACCUGUGUGAGUGUAAAUAGGCUGCAGAAAUUGUGGGUUAAUACAGAGAUCACUGACAUUCAAGCUCCACCUUUGAAAUGUACAACUAGAUAUUAAAUGAAAGGUGUAUAACAAAAUAGCAUGGGAACUUCAGAAAUGUAAAUUAUAUAUCCCAGAAUUGUGACAGAAUAAAAUGCAUUUAAUUAAGAAAUUAUGGUUUAUUUAUGGGAGCUUUUCUGCAAAGGAUUUUGUUUUUAUUAUUCAUUAGGUCCUUUUUUCUUCAUUAAAACCACUUCGGAAAAUGACAAAUUCUGCAAAAUUGGACAUCCACAGACAUUCAGCCGUCAUUAUAUUUUAGUUACUAUUCACAUACAGAAAUUAGAUAUUUGAAAUUGUGCGCACAGGAGUGUGCAAUACCAACACUUUUAACUUUAACUCACAGAAGACGAUAAUUU